AUGUCAGGCUCAUCCGACACCUCUCUCGUCAUAUUAUUUGGCAUCUUCACUCUGAUUGCAACUCUUGCCGGGUUACACUAUAGGGAUUCGUUGUGCUGUCUUAUUUGUCGGAGUCUUCUCAGAGCCUGGUCUGAUGAAGCGAGCCAUAUCGAUGUUGAGGCCACUGCAGGUUUACGAGGCGGUCUUAACCGAAUCUUCGACAGUGACGACGAGGCUGUCAUAGAGCUCCAACCACGGUUAUCUUUUCCCGUGUAUCUCGAUUCGUCUACACUCGAAAUCGAUACAGAUGGUGAUCCAACGAGUAGCUUUACGGUUACCAAUGCGCCACAGGUUCUGUAA